AUGACAUUUGCUGAGUUCAUAUGUAAACAUAUGGUUGAGACUGAAGCCACUUCCGUGAUGAAGCAUGCCGGGAAAUUUUGGGAGCACCUUAUAGAGACCUCUGUGACAUUGUUAUGGAUCGCCUCUCAAGGGUGGUGCACGACAACUCCACGAAUUCCUGAUGAACAACGCCUGUACCAAUCCCUCAUGGUGGGCUACGAGAAAUCCGUCCGACCCGUCAUAAAUGCAUCUACCAUAUUAAUGGUCAAGUUUGGUCUUCGACUCAAUCAGAUCGUGGAUCUGGAUGAGCGACAUCAGGUGCUCACAACGAAUGUUUUUAUAGAUCAGGAAUGGUUGGACGAGAAUCUUUACUGGGACCCUGUUCUCUUCAAUAGCAUUCGUUCGCUCAGGAUCCCCGCCAGAAAUGUAUGGCUUCCGGAUACUUUCAUAUACAACAAUGCGGAUGACGGAUCGACUGGUUUUAUGCAAGGGACAUAUGUACUGGUCAACUACAACGGAACAGUGAAAUGGCCGGUACCUGUCAAGCUGAAGAGCUCAUGUAAGGUUGACAUCACUUAUUUCCCCUUUGAUGACCAAGAAUGUAUUCUCAGAUUUGGAUCUUGGAUAUAUAGUGGCUUAUGGAUGGACUAUUUUUCGGAACAUAAUGAGACACCUAUUAACCUCGGCAACUACGUUGAUAAUAGUGAAUGGGACCUUCUUUCUGUCAAGCUCAAGAAAAACAUCCGUACACAUUCUUGUUGUCCAGAUCCACAUCCGGAUAUGACGUACGUUCUUCACAUCCGUCGAAAAACAUUCUAUUACAUCUUUAAUAUCAUUGUUCCUUGUGUAAUGUUAUCGACGUUAACUUUGUUAACUUUUUGGCUGCCACCUACUUCCGGUGAGAAGAUAACUCUUGGACUAUCUGUAUUUUUGGCGUUCUCCAUGUUCAUGCUCCUAAUUGCUGAAGAAGUGCCCGCCACAUCAGAGGCUGUGCCUCUCAUAGGUAUCUACUUAUGCGUGGUGAUGACAAUGACGUCACUGUCCGUAAUCAUGGCUGUUAUGGUGAUAAAUCUAUACAACAGGGGUAUGAAGACUAGACGGGCCCCUAAUUGGUUAAGACACGUCGCAUUAAAGUGGUUGUCAAGGCCACUCCAAAUGAAACACGACAUCCAAAAAGUAGCUAAAGCCAUUUCGCUGGAAGAUGAAUUGGAAGGCGCCUACAGAUGUAAAAAGCACGGAAAACUAGACACGAAAAACAUUCCUAAUAAAUCUAGUCCUGACAAAGAGGAUACAGCAAUGUUGGAUAAGGAGACGACAAUCCGAAACAGACGGUAUGACAAAAAUGACGUCAUGACGACGUCAUUCGUUGAGGAGAAUGAUGAACAAGAGGUUAUUUGGUUACGACGAGAAGACUUUAAAGAAGAGACUGCCGAGUGUUCGCGAAAUACUUGGGCAGAUUUACACGAACUUCAACAAAGUAGCAAGGAUAAUAAUAACCGCGCGAAAAAAGGUGCGCGAAGAAAAACAAGCGGGAAAGCACCGGCGCCUGCUGUGACACCUGUUUUGCAAGACGAAACCAAAUCCACACAAACAGAGGGUAGUUUAGGUACAUUCCUAGCCGAGUGUCGCAAUCAAAAUGAACUGUUCGCACGCAAACUUAUAGUUGCAGAGUGGCAGCGUAUAGCGGCCGUAACAGACCGGAUCCUGUUCUGGUUCUACUUCCUCAGUACUCUGACGUCAUACAUUGUCAUUCUUAUUGUGGUGCCAAACUCCAAUUACUCUAGAUGGAAUGAGGAGAUUCUUCCCAUGCAUACAGUUACACAGGCAAGCUGA